UAACAUUUUUAUGGUACACCCAGGUGUACCAAAGCUUUCUCCUUAAUUAAAUUCCUUAGCAUUGACCAACUGGCUUUAAACAUUCUAAUCUUCCAUUAACCCAAACUAAAAAGUUUCAGAUCCAAAAGAGAAAGGAAGCCUCUCUCUCUCCUCUCUCCUCUCCCUCUCUCUCUCUGUGUAAUGGAGGAACAUCAAGUAGUACUCCCUCCUCCUCCUCCUCCUCCUCCUCCUCCUCAUGUCCUCAUCUUCCCAUUCCCGGCUCAGAGCCACGUCAACUCCAUGCUCAAGCUCGCCGAGCUCCUCUGCCACGCCGGCCUCCACGUCACCUUCCUCGUCACCCAUUUCACCCACUGUCGCCUCCUCCGCCACAGCAACGUCCACUCCCAUUUCACCCGCUACCCCGGGUUCAGGUUCGAGACCAUCUCCGACGGGCUGCCCGAGGACGACCCCCAUUCGGGCGAAAACAUCGUGGACUUGCUCAAGUCCUUCGGGCUCAUAGCGAAGCCUCUCCUCACGGACUUGCUGAUAACCGACCGAGAAAAGAAUGCGGACAGUGCUGCUACCGGUAGGAGGAAGAUAACGUGCAUCGUGGCCGACGGGUUGUCGAGUUUCACGAUUGAUGUUGCGGAAGAGAUUGGGAUCCCGGUGUUUUGCUUCCGAACGGCGAGUGCUUGCAACUUCUGGGCCUAUUUUUGUGUCCCCAAACUCAUUGAGAACGGGGAGCUUCCCUUCAAAGGAAAAAAUCUUGAUGUACUUGUAACAAGCAUUCCCGGCAUGGAUGGUUUCCUGCGACGUCGUGACCUCCCAAGUUUCUGUCGCGUGGGGGACGUGACUCACCCUGACUUCCAGCUGUUUGUGAAUGAAACGUUGAAAUCCUCUCGAGCGCAAGGUCUGAUACUCAACACGUUAGAAGAGCUAGAAGGACCCAUACUUGCUCACACGCGCUCUCAAUUUCCGAAAAUUUACACCAUCGGACCGCUCCAGACGCAUCUCAAGAGUAGACUCAAAGUGCCAAUUUGUUCUAAUAGUUUAUGGGAAGAAGACAUGAGUUGCAUAACGUGGCUCAACGCGCAGCCCUUAAGAUCUGUGGUGUACGUAAGCUUCGGAAGUCUUACGAUGGUGACAAAAGACCAGUUGAUAGAGUUUUGGCAUGGUCUGAUAAACAGUGGGAAGCAAUUCUUGUGGGUCAUUCGGCCAAAUUCCGUGCUAGGAAAAAAUGGAGAAACUCAAAUUCUGACAGAGCUCUUGCAGGGUACAAGGGAAAGAGGAUAUAUCGUCGAUUGGGCACCACAAGAGAUCGUCUUGGCUCACCAGGCCAUCGGUGGAUUUUUAACCCACAGCGGAUGGAAUUCAAUUCUUGAGAGUGUUGUAGCAGGGGUGCCGAUGAUUUGCUGGCCCUACCAUGGGGACCAACAGAUCAAUAGUAGAUUUGUUGGGGAGAUAUGGAAACUUGGACUGGACAUGAAAGACACAUGUGAUCGACACAUCAUUGAGAAGAUGGUAAGAAAGUUGAUGGACGAAAUGAGAGAGGAGUUCAAGCAAUCCACAGAUUUGAUGGCGAAAUUGGCUAAAAAUGCUGUUAGCGAAGGUGGAUCGUCGUAUUCUAGUUUGGACGGUCUUAUCGAGGACAUAAGACUAAUGUGUGUGGACUUAUGAAUACAUAUACUUUACUGCCCACACUUAACUUUACCUGUGUUACUAAGUCGGAAGUUCGCUCUCCAGCUUGGAGCUCCUACGUCUACAAAGUCGGGAGUUCAACUCUUACAACCAACUCCUUAAUUCCCUCCUCCUAGAAUAGAAUAGUCGACGUAGAAUUUAUCUUGUCAAAAAAACUUUACCCGUAGUUUGGUGCAUGUGCGAAGUACACCUCUCGCAGUAGGAAAACAACACACCCUUCUAGUUGUGGAUCGGAAGUGCACAGUUACACUGAUCAUUAGCAAUUGUUUAAAAAUGACCACAAUACUAAAAUA